CUGUCCCUCCCGUGGGCUGGCCCACCUGGGGGGGGGCCUCGUCUUUCCGCACCUGAUGAAUUUCGAUCAGAAAGUUGUCAAGUUUUUGGCAAAUUAUUACAUAAAUGGAGGACAGCACUGGAAAUAUGGGAGGGAGCCCCAUUUUCGACCCUGCAGGCCCCGGCUGGGAGCCGCUGAUAGUCCCUUAGCUCUGCCGGCCCCAAGUCUGAGCGUGGGCUCCAAGUGUCCAGUGCUUGACUACUGCCAGAAGUGGAAUUCCCUGAGGGCCCAGCCCAGACCACAACUCACCUUCCGGGAAGCCUUGGAGUGCCGUCCUCCACUGCUCACGGACCUCGAGGCGCCGGGCCCGGCUCACUACCCGUCUCUGGGCGGAAAUCGGGGAGCGGCGGCGGGACCCCAGAAGCCCCGCGCCUCCAGGCCCAGGAAGCUCCCCAGAGAUGGCGGCGGGCACAGGGCCCGGCACUCUUUUUGGUGCCAAAACAAGAGUCCCUUCACUCACAAGGUGAACUUCGAUGCCGAGAACCGGCGGCCACCCCCGGUUCGCUACACCCACUUGUCCGGCCUGGACUCCCAGCGGCCUAACCAAGCCCAGCCCCUGGGCUUCAGCUUUGGCCAGCGGCUACCGCCCCUCCCUCCCGAGUCCGUGCCCGGCCCCAACGUGUAUAACGUGGACCCCGGCUUUCGGUACCUGCAAACCCGCCCGCCGACCUUCUCCAUGAACCUCUGCUCCCGGGGAGGCCUGGCCUGGGCCGGCUCAGGUGAGGCGACUUCCAGCCCGGGGCGAGGCUCGACCCCCGGCCCGGGGGCUUACACGGUGAGGGAGACGCGCAGGUCCUCCCGCUUCGCCUGGGCCCCGGGCAUCCUCAUCCAAGGAGUCCGCCGACACAAGAGACACGACACUGGACCCUUCUGUACUCUGUAAUGGGGAGCACUUUAUAUCGGGGUGCACUUUCUAACACCCCCCCCCACCCCCAGCUCCCCUUCACCACCCCAACCGGGAGAAUACAGAUCUGUUCUGCUCUC